AUGGCUGCUGGAACUGCGCCCGAAGCCUCGCUAUCCCACCUCCCCAAUGCAGACGGAUCUGCUACAUUCGCCUAUGCUGGCUAUACUGUGGUCGGGGCAGUGAAUGGGCCCAUCGAGGUGCAAAGACGAGACGAGCUCCCGGAGGAGGCGGUCGUCGACGUGAUCUCGACCCUGCGCCAGAUCAUCCUCGUCAACAACUUCCCGCGCACUCUGAUCCAGGUCAUCCUGCAAGUCACCACGGCUCCGGAGAACGAAUAUGUGAACACCAAGGUCGUCCAGGCCAGUUCGAAUCUGCCUAUUCUACCUGCUCUGCUGCAGACGGCCGUACUGUCCCUGCUCUCCGCCGCCGUCCCGCUGACGGCGACGCUGACGUCGACCUCCUUGGCCAUCCUCGCCGACGGCGGAUCGAGGAACAUCGUCGUCGACCCUUCGCCACGAGAGAUCGAGACCUCGCAAUCGUUCCACGUCUUCUCCUUCACCUCGCACGACGAGUUAGUACUUGCCCAAAGCGAGGGAAUCUUCACCAUGAAGGAGUGGGACGAUGGGUAUACCCUCGCCCAUCGUCAAUGCUGCCCGACGGGCAACGUCGACGACGGCGAUACUUUGAUGGACGAUGACGGCCCGGCCGGCGCGGACUUGAAGCAUUUCACCCGAUCGGUUCUUGAGGAAAAGAUAGCCUCAGAUUUGUAUUGGAAGUGA